UGGGCGUGGCUUGGGCUUGGGCUUUGCGUGAGUGGAGCAAGCUGAGCGGUUGCGGUCAGCUCGUGAGAUUUCCCGUCAGCCCCUCAGCGAAACAGCCGAGGCGAAGGCGAGGGAUGGCGGAGAACAACUCGGAAAGUAGCGGCUCCGUUCACCGCCGGUGUUUGAGCCAUUCUUCGGCGGAGAGAAGCCCCACGCCCGGUACGGGCUCGUCCAAGUGGAUUCGUCUAAACGUCGGCGGGACCUAUUUUUUAACAACUCGACAGACAUUGUGUCGAGAUCCCAAAUCGUUUCUUUACAGGCUGAGCCAAGCUGACCCGGAGCUCGAUUCCGACAAGGACGAAACCGGUGCUUAUCUCAUUGACAGAGACCCAACUUACUUUGGGCCAGUGCUCAACUACUUGAGGCACGGAAAGCUGGUGCUCAACAGGGACUUGGCAGAGGAAGGUGUCCUGGAAGAAGCCGAAUUUUACAACAUCACAUCAUUAAUAAAGCUCAUCAAGGACAAGAUCAGGGAAAGGGACUGCAAGACAUCACAGGUGCCGGUGAAGCAUGUAUACCGGGUGCUUCAGUGCCAGGAAGAGGAGCUGACGCAGAUGGUGUCAACCAUGUCGGACGGCUGGAAGUUUGAACAGCUUGUCAGUAUAGGUUACGGGCGGGCCCACCGGUCUGAGUUUCUACUCAUUGUGUCAAGGGAGGUGAAGGGCGAGGAGUCGGCUUUGCCAAGCAACAAAGCAGAGCUGGUCAGCAUCGGCUCAUCUUACAACUACGGCAACGAAGACCAAGCUGAGUUCCUGUGUGUUGUCUCCAAGGAGCUGCACAAUCAAUCCUACGGAACAAACAGUGAGCCCAGCGAGAAGGCAAAGAUUCUCCAGGAAAGGGGUUCCCGUAUGUGAGGACGACAAGUAGUAGGAGCUCCAGGUGUUAUGAUGCAAACAUAUCAUUCUCAUGGAAAACUAUUUGGCACAAGAGAGGAGAUUCAAGCGGGCGGGUGCUGUGCAUUUAUUUUAUGUUUCCCUCCAUUUUUGUUUGAUGUAAAUAUGACUGCUUACUGACAAUUGGUGCCUGUACAUUUGAACUGGAACUCCCCCCCUCCUUUUUUAUUUUAUUUUUAUUUUAAAAGCUAAUUGAAAAAAAUAUGGUCGUCGUCAUAGUGGCCAGUGAUUCUCUCAGGGUCAUCUAUCUAUUGACUUAAUGAUAUCCUCCAACUUGAUCUGGCAAGGGAUCCGGGCGCUUUUUUGUAAUUCAAAAGCGUCACAUUGUUUGGAGAUGGCAAGAAGGGAAUUUGCAUUUAUUUCAAGAUAACCUGAAGUCAACUACUUUUUUUUUUAUUUAUUUUUUUAGCAGCUUCAGCAAGGUUUGCGGCCGUGGUACCUACUGUAUCAUCUUGUAGCGCCAUGCACUGUCUUCCAACAAGGCCCCGACGCCGCAGAUGCUUGUGGUAAUCGUAGUCAAGCUUUUCUCUGCACUUAAGUAGGACAUUUCAAACUCAAAAUUGCUGCAGCUCAUUGGAAAAAAAAACAACAACUCGCUUGUAUAUAAUUGAAUUAGAGAUACAUCGGCCGUGAACUGCUUAAUAUGAUGUAGUUCAGUUUGGCAGUCAUGUUUGGAAGUUUAUUUUGUUUUUCCCCAGACUGACUUAUUGAGUCUAUUGUUUUUGUUCGAGGGAGCAUCUCAUUUUAUAUCAGUUUUCGGGGGUAGAAGAAGUAUUUCGGGGCGUAGGAGGAUUGCGGACUGGAAUUGUUUUGUUUUACUUUUCGAGGACAGUGAACAAAUCUCUGUUCAUAUCCAGAGAACCUAGUUUUGGUGUAAAUAAUCAAAAAAAAAAAAAAAAAAAAACUAUUGAUAUUUAACUUUUUUUUGGGGGGUGCACGUUUUGUACACUGUAUAGAAAACCACAACUUCAAAUUUGAAGUUGUUCUACUGGAUCUUUUUCAACAACAGCAACAAACGAGAAAAAACGAUGACCCGCUGUUUUGCAUUUGUACAGGAGUUAAGAAAUUUCCGAGUGAGAUUGAACAAGGUGUCUUUUCGCUAUGAACAUGCCUCGACAUGUUUUAUUAACACAAAGCCAUACUUGGCUUUGAAGUUGACUGUUACAUGAUAUUUUUCUUUUCUCCUGCCGUGUGCUAGAUUCGAGUAGACAUUUUGGAAAUGUGUAGUUCAUACACAGCAUUACAAGCACUACAGUGGGGGCGGGGAGGGGACACACUGUGCACAUUGCUAACAGCCUGUAAUGUUACUGCAAAUUCUGCAAUUUCUUUUUGAAACAGUUAUUUUAGGCUUUGAUGUGCAUAGGUUGAAAUUCACAAUUCAUCAUUUGGUCUUGCCUUGUUUCCCCCCCUCCCCUAUUGACCAAAAUCCAAUGUCUUACGUGUAUUGCACACAUCUUUAGUGUCAGGGAAGAGCAAAACUUUUUUUCUUAUUGCCGGCACACUUUGUAAAUAUAAACUCGUUAACACAUUUAUUCACGCAUACACUUGACUAAAAUCUUUUUCUAAGUAUGGAUGCAUGUUUUUUUAUAUAGAUUCACAUUUCCCCUCACACAAGGGCUCUUUAAGUAAAAAAAAAAAAGUUUUUUUUUUUGGGAUUAGCAAAAAGGUUCAACCGGAGUCAACUGGAUGUUCUGCAAGUGCUGUUUACAUUUGCGCGAGUAUUCUGAAGCCUUCCGUCGCGUGUUCUGUGUUGCACUCCCGAAUACAUGUCAACGGUGUGUGAGCCCACCUGCUAAUACGCACUCCGCGAGGAGGGACGACACACACGCUGACUGAUUUUAUGACACUCCAUUUGCCAGGCACUGCUGCGAGAUUAUUUUUUUCCUGGAGCUAUAAUAUUACAAAUAAUUUAAGUAUAUUUUAGAAUAUCAAGUAAAAUGCUGGAGGGGCUUAACUGGGCCGUUUGGCAAUGGGGCCAUCACGCUAUAGCACCCCUGAAACGCCGGUGUUGUGCCAUCCCUGCUAUCCGCCCCCUCGAGCGUUGCAGACAAUCUUCUUUUCAGCCCUCCUCUUGGCAAUUAUAAAACUUACCUCCAUGGAUUUAGAAUGGUUGUCCUUUUUUUAUCUUUUGAAAAGCGGGCGUGUACCUUUGCAAUGAUAUUUUUCUUAUUUUGCCGUUUGUGGUUCCGUCAUCUCAGCGGAGAUGUUCGGGCAAGGCCUUCCGACGCCUCAAGAUGACCCUUGCGGCCCUUUGCGGUCGUGCAGUUGAUCAUGUGGCAUGUGUAAUAUUUUUGUGUGACAUAAAAUCUUAUCAGAGCUGUAGCCUACUACUCUUAAGUGCCCUGUUUGUUUUUGCAUCUCAAAUCAUAAACCACAGACCACCGCGAUGCAUGAAUCAAGAUAACGUCUUGUUUGUAAAAGAAUGAAUCGUCAUUGUUUUCCCCUUUGGAUCUGACAGUUACAUUAAUGAUCAAUGUUCUCAUAUCACUAAGUACAUCACUUCUAUAUGAUCUUAUGCAAUGUGUAUAAACUAUGAAUAAGGUUAAGGAGAUUAUUCUGGUCUUGCGCAAGGUAAACCCAAUAAAAAAUGUCAUCCAUA